CGUCGAGUUCCGUCCCCGGCCGGCCUUGCUCCGCCUCUUCCCCCGUAAGGCUUCAGGGAGGCUGCAGCCACAGCCACGUUCUCCAGACCGAACGAGCGCUGAGCAUUAAUAAUGGCUUCCAACACAGAACGCACCUUCAUUGCCGUCAAGCCUGAUGGAGUCCAGCGGGGAUUAGUAGGAGAAAUCAUCAAGCGUUUUGAACAAAAGGGCUUCCGACUGGUGGCUAUGAAAUUUAUGCAUGCCUCUGAAGACCUUCUGAAACAACAUUACAUUGACCUGAAAGAUAGGCCAUUCUACCCAGGUUUGGUUAAAUACAUGAAUUCUGGACCUGUAGUGGCCAUGGUUUGGGAAGGACUCAAUGUUGUAAAGACUGGCAGAGUAAUGUUGGGGGAGACUAACCCAGCAGAUUCGAAGCCUGGCACUAUCCGUGGUGACUUCUGCAUUCAAGUGGGCAGGAACAUCAUUCACGGCAGUGAUUCUGUGGAGAGUGCUCAGAAAGAAAUUAACCUGUGGUUCAAGCCUGCAGAACUUGUGAGCUUCAAAUCUUGUGCUUAUGACUGGAUUUAUGAAUAAGCCUUUUAAUGAAUUGUGCCUUUUUCUAACAAAGCAUCUCAUUCCACUUAAGUAUUUGCUGUGGGACAAUUAUCACCGUUACCUUCCAUUAUUGGCACUAACAAAUAAACUAUCAUGAACUAC